ACCCCCGGGGCGGGGCCAAUUUUGACCCCCAGGGCUAUAAUUUGAACAAUCUUGUUAGAGGUCUACCAGACAAUACCUUAUGCAAAAUAUCUAAGCUCUAGGCCUUUUGGGUCUUUACAAGAAGAUUUUUUAAAUUUAUUCUUAUAAUUCCUUUUGGUUGCCAUGGCAACCAGAUUUCUGCAUGGAAUUAAAUUCUUUGAACAACUUUGGAAGCCCUUCACCCAAGGAACAAUCCUGCCAAGUUUGGUUGAAAUUGGACUCGUGGUUUUUCACAAGAAGAUUUUUUAAGUUCACUAUAUAAUCUAUAUAACACACACACAAACACACACACAAACACACACACGCACACACACACAGGUGAAUCGCUAUAUGCCACCGCAUCGCAGAUGCUGCGGUGGCAUAAAAAAAUGCAAUAAAAGAUCAACUUUUCACAAAUAAAAUCACAAAGAGAUUUAGGCACACACAUUCAAAAGUUGGAUAGAUACAAGUGUUUUAAUAGUGUUAUUAAAAUAUUACAAGAUUCAGAAAUUUAGAAUUAAGUUCACAAAAUGCGAUAAAAUGACAGUUCCAUGGAGUGAAAUACAAGAUGUGAAAAAUAAACCUUUGAAUAUUCCUGUUUAUCAACAAAGUGUUACAUGUUGCCGAUCACCAUCUUUAGGUAGAAUUAGUGAGACAAAUUCUUCAUUUAAUCCAGAGUACAAUAAUCUACAUAGCAAAACUGUACGAGACCUAGCCGUUGGAUUUCUGGGUUCGAUCCUGCUUCGGAGAGAAAAUGAUAUACCUAGGACAGAGAAAAAAGUAGUUUCUGGGAUAUUUUCAUUCCUUUAUUGUGAGAUUACUUUGAACAAAUUUGGUGAAUUGAUUGUUCAACUUAUUGGUUACAUUCUUAUUCACUAUUUCAAUUUUGAAAAGGAUAUUUCAAAAUGGUCACUUUCCAAAAUAUUGAUAAGAACAACGGGAAAACACAGGAAAUCUGUGCGGAAGGCAAGUUGCUUUGGAAUGUCGUAUCUGGACCAAUUUCAAAAGAUUUGUGAGAUAUGUUUACUGUAAGUUUAUAAAUGUUUUUUUUGUGACACAUACAUUGUAUUUAUUCAAUGCAUACAUUGUAUUUAUUCAAUGUAUCAGCAAAUUAAACUAAAUAUUCGAAAAUUUAUGUACCAAGUUAAAUAUGGAUGAGUACUUUAAAAGAUGCGCUAGUGAACAACCAUUUAAAGACAAUGAAGAUAAAAAGUUUGAGUUUCGCAGGCUUUUAAGCUUCCAGAACUGGCCACAAGAGUGUCCUGUUUUUCCCAUAAAACUUGCUAAAGCUGGUUUCUAUUAUAACAAUAAUGGAGAUGAGGUGAAAUGUUUCCGGUGUGGGACUGUGAAGUCGGAUUGGCAAGCGGAAGAUGAUCCUAAUGAAAUACAUAGACUACUGAAUCCUGAUUGUCCAUAUUUAACUGGGAAUGAAAGUGAAGUUAAUGUUCCUAUAAGUAAGCCUGAUUCAGAUCAUGAAGACUCUAGUCUUAUAAGAAGACUCAAUAGUGUGAUUGAGGAAAGAAGGGAAGCAGUAGAAAAUGAGACUGAAAUCGCAGUAGAAAAUGAAGCCGACAAUGUGACUGAAGCAAGAAGUCAGGAAGAUCAGAGCGAACCGGAUGAAAGAAGUUCAGAGAGCCCAGAAGCUAAUGUAUCAAGAUCAAGAUCAUUAGGGACUCUUCAGGACUCAACUGUUAGUGGUUUGAAAAGUAGUUCAUUGCCUGAAAGCAGAUCAUCAUCUACAAUUGACACAGCUCCAAGAGGAAAUGAGAAUUUGGCUGAUUCAGCAAUGAUGCUGGAUAAUUCAGCAGGAGUAUUGCAUGAUACAGGCAGAAGUAAAAAUGAAAGUAAGUCAAAAAGUGACAAAAAGAAGGAGAAGCAAUUGAAAAAGCAAAAAGAAAAGAAAGACAAAAAAUUCUUUAAGGGGACUAAAGGAAGCAGUAGUAGUAAAAGGGGUAGUGAAUCCAACGUGACCCCACAGAGAGGUUAUGAUAUACCACCUCCUACAGGGGAGGGUAUUGGGCCUCUUAGGUUUGAGAGAAACAGACUGGAAACAUUCAAUACUUGGCCUAGUAAUGCAUGUGUGCCUGCAGCAGAGCUUGCGAAAAGUGGUUUCUAUUACACAGGGUCGGGAGAUAGGGUGCAAUGUAUUUUCUGUAAAGGAGUUCUACGCAACUGGGAGGAAGGGGACCGCCCACACAUUGAGCACAGGAAACAUUUCCCGAGAUGUCCAAUUGUUCUUGGAAUGAAGAUGGGAAACGUUCCUCUUCCCUUAGAUCAGAGUCCAACUUCAACAUCUGCUGGGUCAACACAAGGAGCUGCAGGAUUAAAUGCAGGAACAAAUGUUGCAGAUUCUUUGGGUAACAUGGAGAAUCUUGGUAUAGUGACAGACAGACCAAAGAAUCAACAUUAUGCUAUAGAGUCUCAAAGGCUGUUAUCGUUUCAGGGCUGGCCUCCAUAUAAACACCAAACUCCACAACUAUUAGCAGAAGCAGGCUUCUGGUAUGCUGGUUUCAAUGACAAUGUGAAAUGCUUUUACUGCGAUGGUGGCUUGAGGAACUGGGAAACAGGUGAUGAACCCUGGGAAGAGCAUGCACGCUGGUUCCCAAAAUGCCCCUUCGUGGUACAGGUUAAAGGUCAAGAAUUUAUUAACAAUGUCCUACGAGAGAAAGGGGUAGAACUUCCUGCCAGUAUUCAGGUACCAACUGUGGCACCAGCUAACAGGGAACAACAGAGUACAGGGAAAUACCGGAUAGAAGAAAGGGAGAUAAGAGCUAGAAUGGAUAGCCCAAAUAUCAGAAAAGUGCUUGAGCUGGGAUUCAGUAGAGAUGUUGUGAUGAAUACAUUACGUAAAAGGUUGAGAGAAACAGGUGAUGAUUUCCCUUCCAUAACAACUUUAAUGGAAGCCAUUUACAAAGAGGAGGCAGAAGAAACCAGACGGCAAUCCCAGAAUCCACCUCAAUCACAGAAUAAUGCACCAUCCCAGAAUGCAACACAAUCCAAGAAUUCCUCACAAUCAUCUGCUAUCACAGGAUCUGAGAAUGUAUCAGAUCAGACUGGUUCUAAUGAUAUUAUUGAAGAAAUUGCUGGUAUGACUGAUCUAACUGUAAACCAGUCUGAGAUCAACAAAGAUAAAGGAAAACAAGAUCCUGGAACUAGUAAGAAAAAGCCAGAUGUGAAAGGUUCCUCCAAAAAUGAUAUUGCUGAUGAUAUGAGUGGCAAAUCAUCUCCACAUGUACAUGCUCAAGCUGAUGAUCUUAUGAAAGAAAACAUAGAGUUAAAGGAACAGCGAUUAUGUAAAAUUUGUAUGGUAUCUGAUGCCAAUGUUGUGUUCCUGCCCUGCGGCCAUCUUGUUUCCUGUGCAACCUGUGCUCCGGCUCUUCAGCAGUGUCCAAUUUGUAGGGCAUCCAUCAAGGGAACCGUCCGAACUUAUAUUGCAUAAUUUGUCAACCAUUACCUCACUGAGUUUUUGUUGUAGAAUUUUUUAUUUUUUUUACAUCUCUUGGAUACUUUAUCACUAAAUGGAAUGAGUUUCAAAGUUUGUUUUUUUACUUAAAAUUUGUUAAUGUCUUUUGUUAGUUUGAUAGAGUUUAACCAUCAAAUUUGCCGGAACUAAAAGGGGUUAGCUUUUUCCACCAGUAUAGACCCUUGUCAGCCAGCAUAAUCACUCUGACCAGGCUCUAUAUUUUUGUAUUUUGUGAAUGAAAUCCUGUAAAAUACAAAUGGACUGCUCCAAAUUGAAAACAGGGAAAUUCCAUUACACAAAUUUAGCAGGUUAUGGGUUAAUAUCAAAAUUCUGAAGUAAAGCAAACAGAAGUUAAGAAUCUGGUAAGACUGUAUGCUCGCCUAUAUGGUUCAAUCCUGUUGUUGAGGAUAUAUAUAAACCAAACACACAUGCAAGGGUGGAGGAUAUACUGUCUCUUUGCUGUUGUCAUCAUAUCAAAGACCCAGAGAAUAAAUCCCUUCUGAGUUUGUGUAACAGAAUUGCCUAGCUAUUUCAGUUGGAACAGUUUGUUUUAUUUUAAAGGCACAUUCUGUCUCAGAAAUCCACCUUUUUCAAUUCUCUUGAAAUAUUAUGCAUGUGUUUAAUAAUGUUUUAAUGAUGGAUUUAGAGCACAUUAGAUGUCCAACAACUGAAGAAAAUAGUGUUGAACAUGACAUGAUGUGUCAUAAAGGUAGUAUAAUGUAAACAAAAUAAUAUUUUUGACAUGCAUACAAAAUACUAAUGCACUAUAAUUAUGCCAAUUGCCAACAUAGCCAAAGAACAAAAAAUAAUUCCAACUAAGUGGCAAAUGAGUAAAUUUUUGGAAGAUACCAAAAAUAAAUAAGUUUCUGAGUAAUAAAAAUGAUUGCAUUUCUGAGACAUAAUGGGCCUUUAAGGGAUUUCAAUUAUAAAAUACAAAACAAAAGUUGAGCAACCAAUUAUAAUAAUAGAGCAUGAUCAGGUUGCACAAAUAUAUGCAGGCUUGCCUAGCCUGGGUGCCAGUCUGUGGAUUUUUUAUGUGCUUCUGUUCUGCAAAUCGUGAUAUUAUGAAAACACAAACAAGUAUGAAAUGGCGCGUAUGUUAUAAAUAAGCAAAAAAUAUCAACGCUUGAACCCCAGGCUAAGUCUUGCCUGGCCCUCUACUGGUGACAGUGGCUUAUCAUUUUUUAAUCCAGCAGGUAAAGGGUUUAGAAAUACUUCGAAACUCAUUUUAUAUUUAUUAUUAUUGUUUUUAAUAUGAUAGAUGGGCCACAGUUUUGAAUGGACCAUAUGAUUAUGUUGACCAAAGUAGUGAGAAACAACACUUGUGUCUGUUCAGCUUACUAUGAACAAAUAUAUUUUUACCUUCUUUUUUUUUCAAUUAACAUUGCUUUUAAUAACUUUAAGUUUUUCUCAUUAUUGUGUCACCUGCUAUAGAGUAGGGGUGACAUAUAGAGAUGACUUCUCCAUUGUCUAUACAUUCACACUACCUUAUAAGGAUAGGGGCUAUCUAAAUGUAAACAGAACAAAAAGAGAACAACGAAGUUCAUACUGUUACAAUAGAGGAAGGGACCAAUGACUUGAGAUUGUUGUUGGACCACCUUAGGUUCAAGGUCAAGUCCACAGGUUCAAUUUAGAUCUGCCUAAUUUUUACUACAUACAUGUAUUUAUUUUAUCUCAUUUUUUCUAUCUCUCUUAAAAAGUUAAGGUUGCAGGUGGGAGGUAUGAAUACAUGUAGCUUAGUUUUACAAAUUAGGGCAUGAAUUAAUCAAUACAAGCUUCUCUGAUCACAAUUUUAUUGCCAUUUAAAUAUUUUGUUUUCUGGCAUAUUAGACAAGAUUAACUAUUGUUAACAGCAGUGCUAGAAAAACCUGUCUUAAACCACUCCGUGUAAGACAUCUCACAUGCUUUAAAUGACAUCAUUCCUACAUAUCUUUUAUGAACAAAUUGCGUUCUUAAGAUGACAUCAUUUUGUCAUUAUGAAUGAAGUUGUAAAUUCAUGUAAUACUUGGGGCGUCUGUGGACAAGUGGUUAAGGUCGUUGACUUCAAACCACUUGCUCCUCACUGCUGUUCGAAUCCCGACAGGGACUUUGGAUUCUUUUAUGUGAGGAAGCUAUCCAGCUAGCAUACGGAACGUUGGUGGUUCUACUCGGGUUCCCGUUCAAGCCUGAAAUAAUGUACGGAAGGGCACUUGAGGUCUUUCUCCACCAGUAAAGCUGGAAUGUUGCCAUAUGACGUAUAAUGGGUCAGUGUGACGUAAAAUCCGAUUAAACAAACAAAUCAUGUGCUACUAUGACAAAAAAGUGCUAAAUAAAAAUUUUAGUUUGCGUUAUUUCUUUCCCAAAUAUGAUUUAUAAGUUAUAUGCAAGAAAAAAGAAAUAAACAUUGGCUAUCAUCACAGACGGAUAUAUCUCGGCAGAGCCAUGUUACCCUCUGGUCUGUACCUGCAACUGGUGUACAAGUCUUAUACUAUACUUGUAUAAUUACCUUGGUAUGUGGAGGUAAAGUACUUGGUGAGUCAUAUGGUUUCAGUUUAUGAUUUUGUUGAAAACAAUAGUUAUUCACGUCUAAUGCAACUAAUCUUCAAUUGUCAAGGUUUUUCUUCAUCUAUGUGCUUUCUUGGUUAUUAUUUUUGUUCCAUUUUGAAUAGAGCUAUUUGUAAACUUUACUUUUUAUAUUUGAUUUUUUGAUAUUAAUAUUUGGAUAUUGAAUAAGUUCUAGUUCUCAGGUAUUAGUUAUAUAAAUUUGCUUAAACCUCCUUAAAUUUUGAAAAUAUUACAUGAAUUUGUAUUUUGUUUCAUUGAUUUUGCCAGUGUGUACUUUGCAUAAAAUUGUGCAUAAAUUUGUUGGUUUGACCUGCCAUCUUUCUAUCACACCUUUUAUUGUUUCUCAAACUCUCUUUUCACUUAAUGGACUUGUCCAUCUUUUAAUCUGGACGAAACCAUUCAUUAAUUUUAGGAAAAAACCGAGCUCAGUGAUUCUAAAAUAAAUUUUUCUUCUUCUCUCCAUUUUGCUUUAAGAUAUACUUUGCUCACUCUUGAGACACAGAAAUUUAUUGAACUCAAUGAAAUUCUUACUGAA